ACAUGGAUCACCUUUCACAUCAGCUUCCACCUUCCUCGGUUUUCUGAUAUCAAACGGCCUUUGCUUCGCCAGCUUUUUGUUGCGCUCAUCCUCCUUAAUCGAACGUUUCCCCUUUCAUUUCAAAUACUGCAAACAGCCACACACACACACCAAUACAAUUUUCCAGGUACAAAUCACAAAGUCGACACACCACAAUCGCAACUUGAACCAAAAAAUCACCGACCCGACCAACAACAAACACCAUGACUUCAUCACCAGAAACAUCACCACUCCUCGGCCCUAGACCUACAACAGCCGACCUGCCCCCUUCAGAAUACGAACCACACAAAACCCGGCCCGGCUCAAUCCGCAGCAUGCGCUCCUGCCUCACCAGCUCCUCCGUCACAGCCACCGCCGCCGCCGGGCCGUGCCCGCGCCAACAACUGCCGCACACGUCUUCCGACAGCGCCUCCUCUUCGUCCUCCAAAAAAUUCAACACCUUUGACGGUCUCUUCCGGGACAUCAUCCUCGGCUUCUCCGACGGUCUCACGGUCCCCUUUGCCCUCACCGCCGGUCUUUCCACGUUGGGGUCCACGAAACUCGUCAUCAUGGGCGGCUUGGCCGAGUUGUUCUCGGGGAUGAUCAGCAUGGGCCUGGGCGCUUACCUGGCGGGCGUGACGGAGCGACAGCAUUGGGAGGCGGAGCAUGCGCGCAAAGCGUGGGAGGUGUCGAACCUGCCGCAGUUGGAGCAGUCGGAGAUUUUGGCUAUUUUGGAAGACCAUUAUGGGGUGUCGCGCGCCACGGCUGCCGCGCUGGUGCAGGAUCUGUGUCGAAAGGGAAACGAAGAGAAUCUGGUGCGGUUUUUGAUGGAUCUCGAGGUGCGCAUGAUGGAGCCGGACCUCAAUCGGGCGUGGGUCAGUGCGGGAGUGAUGGGCCUUAGUUAUUUUGUGGGUGGUCUGAUUCCGAUGCUGCCGUAUUUCUUUAUGGAGAGAGCGAGGGAGGCGUUGUGGGUGUCGGUGGUGAUCACGGCGUUGAUUCUGCUUGGGUUUGGGUUUGUCAAGAAUUGGGUGACGAUUAGGACGAGGGAGGCCGGGGUUUGGGGAGCGGUGCAGACGUUGAUUAUUGGGGCGUUGGCGGCAGGGACAAGUUAUGCGAUUGUGAGGUUAUUGGAUUCGGACCAUUAGGGGGGACGACGGUGAUUGUUGAUGGUUGUUCAUGAUGUACAUGUAUGGGUUUGGCGUUGGGGUCAGCAUUUUGCUGUGAAGCAUGUCAUAUGACAGCGGCGGCGUUGAAGGCGUUUGGGAGGAAAGGUUGGGCAAACGACUAUAUCCUUGAUAGCAAUGAUACCUCUACUCAGUUCAAAUUCAAUUGAUAAAUGCUCGUUAUGCCUA